AUGGAGGACGAUGGAGAAAUGGGGAUGUUCUUUCCUUUUUGGAACAGCAAGAAUCCGGCUGAAACGGUUGAGUCUCGAGGGUUAAUGUUCUCUUGCUUUGUUGCUGCCCUUGUUGGUAUUUUGACCAUAGCCUACACUGCUUUUCAAUGGCGAAGAAAUAUCAACUUAAGUUGGACGAAAGCCAUAGCCAGGUCAAAGAAAAAUCCAAAGGCACGGCAUAAGGUUCCUGUUGCCCAACAUAGCUGGGAGCUCGACUCUAUAAGUCGUGCAAAGAACUUGAACUGUUGUGUAUGCUUGAAGUCGAUGUCGCCAUCUCAAGCAAUUGUGGCUUCAGAAAGUUUUAUCCACAGGUGCACCAUCUGUGGAGCAGCGGCCCAUUUUAGUUGUUCUUCAAGCGCGCCUAAAGAUUGCAAGUGCGUCUCCAUGACUGGAUACGAGCAUGUGGUGCACCAGUGGGCAGUUCGGUGGACAGAAGGGGCUGAUCAGCCUGAUGAGUCGUCGUUCUGUAGCUACUGUGACGAGUCAUGCAGUAGCUCCUUUCUGGGGGGUUCUCCUAUAUGGUGCUGCUUGUGGUGUCAACGCCUUGUGCACGUUGACUGUCACAGUAAUAUGUCAAAUGAAACUGGUGACGUUUGUGAUUUAGGUCCACUUAGAAGGUUAAUCUUGUGCCCUCUCUACGUUAAGGAAUUGACACGGAAUCCCUCUGGAGGAUUUCUGAGCUCAAUCACGCAUGGUGCAAACGAACUUGCAUCAACCGUCCGUGCCAGUAUCAGGAGUCAAAGCAAAAAAUACAAGCAAGCUAAUGAAACUUCAGCUGACACAGGUAAUAGUGGUAGCAACUGCGAUGAAUCGACGGAAAGCACAGCUGAUACAGGUCCAGUUGUCAAUGGCACCCAUGCCAUGGUGGAAAAUUUUAGCAGCCUUAUGAAUGGGGGUUCCUCUCAUGGGGACAGCGACAGUAAUGGCAAGCUGGAACCAAAGCCCAGUGUGAAAAGAAGCGGGUCUUUUGGUAAGAAGGAUGAAUAUCAGGCACUAAGAUCGAAACUUAAGUAUGAGUUGGCUGAUUUGCCUUCCGAUGCAAGACCGUUGUUGGUUUUCAUUAACAAAAAAAGUGGUGCUCAACGAGGUGAUUCUCUUAGGCAGCGCCUUCAUCUUCUUCUCAACCCUGUGCAGGUAUGUGAAUUGAGUUCAGUGCAGGGACCAGAAGUUGGACUUUUCCUCUUCAGGAAGGUUCCUCAUUUUAGAGUUCUUGUUUGUGGUGGUGAUGGCACUGCUGGUUGGGUGUUGGAUGCCAUAGACAAACAGAAUUUUGUCUCUCCUCCUGCUGUUGCUAUCCUACCUGCAGGAACCGGGAAUGAUCUAGCCCGGGUAUUGAAUUGGGGUGGUGGUUUGGGUUCUGUCGAGAGACAGGGAGGCCUAUGUACAGUAUUACAGAACAUAGAGCAUGCUGCAGUCACUGUCCUUGAUCGUUGGAAAGUAUCGAUUCUGAAUCAACAAGGAAAGCAACUUCAGCCGCCGAAAUAUAUGAACAAUUAUAUAGGGGUUGGAUGUGAUGCGAAGGUCGCCCUUGAUAUUCACAAUCUACGGGAGGAGAAUCCAGAGAGAUUUUAUAGCCAGUUUAUGAACAAAGUCCUCUAUGCUAGGGAAGGUGCAAGGAGUAUAAUGGACAGAACAUUCGAAGAUUUCCCUUGGCAAGUUCGAGUUGAGGUGGAUGGUGUUGACAUCGAGGUUCCUGAGGAUGCGGAAGGAGUACUUGUUGCAAACAUAGGCAGUUACAUGGGAGGUGUGGAUUUAUGGCAGAAUGAAGAUGAAACAUAUGAAAAUUUUGAUCCGCAAUCUAUGCACGACAAGAUAGUAGAGGUUGUGAGUAUAUCUGGAACAUGGCACCUUGGGAAACUUCAGGUUGGGUUGUCUCGUGCCAGAAGGCUAGCUCAAGGGCAAUCAGUGAAGAUCCAACUUUGUGCGCCGUUACCUGUGCAAAUCGAUGGAGAACCUUGGUUUCAGCAACCAUGUACCUUAACCAUAUCGCACCAUGGCCAGGCUUUCAUGCUAAAGAGAGCUGCGGAGGAGCCACUGGGUCAUGCAGCGGCUAUAAUCACGGACGUUCUAGAGAAUGCAGAAACCAACCAAGUGAUAAACGCUUCACAGAAACGAGCUUUGCUUCAAGAAAUGGCUCUACGGCUAACUUAA